AUGGCCCAAAGAGCUACAUUUUUGGAGCAUGUCUCUGACCAUAACAACAAUGCAAGUCAGCGGUCCCGACCCGUGCUGAUUCCUCGACAAAUCUCUUCAUUUCACGUGGAAGGACCCACGAGCGUCACGGAGGAGACCUUCAGUAGCUCCCACUCGUCAGAGUCUUAUAUCCCAGCUGAUGAACAUUCGCUUUCGACGCAGAGCUCGCAGCUUAGCGACCGACAGCAUGUCUACCAGCCAAACCAGCAGCACACUGAUCCAGAAUCCAGCUUCAGGGUUGGCUCGAACAUCUCGCAGCUCUCUGGAAUCGUGGGUGGCUCGGCGCACGGUGUGUCUCAACGGAAGCGUCCGUCGUUUGCUCGAGGAGGAAGCUCGUACUCUCGAGGUUCGUUUGUGGGCAAAAAUGGCAGCUUUAUUUCAACAUCACUGGGAGACGACAUUCAUCACACGGUUGUGACGGAGCCCUCUACGAGUUACGAGCCCGGGGCGUUCUCAAAAGUCGUCCCUGCAACAGAAUUCGACGAAGACCUAGCGGAGCCGGACGCAACUGUUGAAGAUCUACGAGACACCAAUUCUGCCCCAUCUGAUAGAGAGACCACAGUAAUGCACUCUGUACCGAAAAACAAACCUUCCUCACCGCAUGACAAACCUCAAAGGUCCAGAUAUUUCCAGGAGAUUGCUCAAAAAGAUGACUUUUUGCAGCAAUACUCGCCCUUUCACAACACACCGACGUCAGUAUCAAGCUCUUAUGGCACCAACAAGAGCGUUAAUUACAUGAUGCAGAAACGGCAAGCAGAUGAGAUUGCAGCGGAACCUAAGCUUUCAGAAGAUCCCGAACUAAUAGAAAUUGCCAAUUUCCCCACGGAUCGGCUUCUGGAUAUGUUGACCGCCUUGCUGGAUAAGAUCGUCCAAUCUAAUGAUUUAUUGCACCAAGAUCGGUCUCCUAACGGAAGGCAACCGGAGCCCCAAGAAGAGGUACACACUCGCACGUAUAGCAUGGGAACAGGAAUGUCUGCGGAGCUUUUGAGCUUUCGCGGGAAGCAUGUACCAGCCAUAACAUUAAAACAGUAUUUUCAACGAAUACAGAAAUAUUGUCCAACGACUAAUGACGUUUUCUUGUCGUUAUUGGUAUAUUUUGAUAGAAUAGCCAAAGCUUGCAAUAAUGGGAAGGAUCAAUUGUUUGUGAUGGAUUCGUUGAACAUUCAUCGACUAAUCAUAUCCGCGGUCACGGUUAGCACCAAGUUUUUCAGCGAUUUUUUCUACAGUAAUUCCAGGUAUGCGCGUGUUGGGGGGAUUUCGCUAAAGGAGCUCAAUUAUUUAGAGCUUCAGUUUUUGAUUUUGUGUGACUUUGAGUUGAUUAUAAGCGUUGAAGAAUUACAGAAAUAUGGAGUUUUGUUGCGAGACUUUUGGCAAAGAGAGGAGGGAGAAGCUGAUCCUUCGCUUGUAUUAUAG